AUGUUGUUUACGAGUGGAAGCCAAUCAUCCUCUCUCGCUAGUAUGGGUCUAUCCGAAUAUGAGACCAUCUAUGAGAAGGUUUCCAAAUCCGCAAUUAUGGGCCGAUGGAUUCAAACACAAAAGAAGGAAAUCAUCACAGAAAAAGACGAUGAAUUUGAAAUUGUUGAAAAUAAUGAUUCCUACUAUUCCAACUUGUCCAACUUUAUGAUAUCAGAAAUGUUCAGACAUAUGAGGAAUGCGUUUGAAGAAUAUUCGGAAUCAACAAAUUCGGGACAGUUUGUAGAUGUUGAAUUAUUAUUACUCGAUGUUGAUGAUUAUGGACAUUGGAAAAUACUUUUGCCCGAUCAACCCGUUGUAGCUAAUUUCAUUGAGAGUGGUGUCAUUAGUUCUUCCACCAUGCUCUCUCCAUCAAAUGACUUGCAUGUCAAUAGACACUCCAUUUCAGAAUCACUCAAUGGAGGUUCUAUGAGGCCUCUGUCUGUACGUCUUCCAGAUAAGGAAGAAUUACCUUCGAUUUUAAACAUUAGUAAUUUCAACAGAGAUAAUUUUGCCAAUGUGCGGUUGGCAGUGAAAAUAUUUGGAUGUGUAAUUUCGUUUUUUGAGGAUUCACUCGUCUAUGUGAUAGAAAAACAAAACGCACUGUCCAUUCUUCAAAAUUUGAAGUUAACGAAUGCAUUCAAGAAAUUCAAAAUUCCUCUCUCUUCGAAAGAUUCUCAAAAAACUUCAUUUGACAAGGUAGUUAAAUUGAUUCAACAUUAUAACGCGUCAGCCUAUUUUGAUUUGAUUUCUGUCAACAGUAUCAAGUUUGUGAAAGAUGUGUUCUCGAUUUUUAAUUCAAAGAUUGUUCAAAAGGAGUUUCCACCAAUAUUAAUUCAGUUAGAAAAGUUUUGGAACACAUAUUACUAUUAUAGAAGAAAACAUCUAUCUUCAUGUUUCAAUGAUGAUGACGCCAUGCUACAACAAGAGAAAGAAGAACAAAAACAAAAAAAGAAGAAAACACAUGUUGACAUUGACCAGUUAAAACCUUGGGAAAUCCCAAUAUUUGAAUAUACAUUACCUUCAGAGGUUUUUAAAUUACUUAAAAAGACCAAGGGUUGGAAAUCAGAUAUAGUACUGAUCAUGUCAUACAAGCAGCUUCAUUUACUUCUUAACUCUAUUUUAGAAGUAUUUCCUGAAUUCAAAGAAAAGUUUGCAUUCGAUUUCCAAUUACUCAAAAACUUUGAUCGAACGUGUUGGUUCCAUCAUUAUUUUCAGAUAGAAUCUGACCCAAUAGCUAAAUUCUCUCACUACAUAAUAACUCCUUCAAAAGAUUGUAUAUUUCCAGAACCAACCUGCCUCAAAUCUAAUCCAUAUAUUUCUUUCUAUACUUCUUGCCUUCUUCAAAACCCUUUAACAGAUUUUACUCAACUUCGAAACAGCAUACCAAAGACAGAAUCAAUUCGUGUACUGAGUCUAGAUGGUGGAGGAAUUAAAGGACUGAACCUGAUAUCAAUUUGUGAAGUAAUCGAACAAAAACUUGGCAAGAAAAUGUGUGAAAUAUUUGACUUGAUUUGUGGCACCUCAACAGGGGCUAUACUUGCUAAACUCUUCCAAAUGGGUUACAGCUGUGAACAAUGCAAAACGGUUUAUCAUUGUUUAGGAAAACAAAUUUUCAAGUUGGAGGGAAAUGUUAAUGUAACCAAAACAAUAUUAACUAUGCAAGGAAAGAGUUGGUAUGAUGAGAAAACACUGGAACACUUUUUCAAGAAAUAUGUUGGAAAAGAUUACAUCAACAGCGACCCAAACAAGAGACCUCUUUGCAAUCCUUAUGAACAAGAGUUUUAUGAAGAUUUAAUGAUGCAUGCGGAAUCUUCUCCUUUUAUAUUUCGAUCAUACUCAGAUCCUUUUCGAUAUGCAGAAAAUAAGAAACGACAUCCUGAUUUCUAUUUAGGAACUUUGCAUGGCCGAGGCAUUAAGAAUUAUCAAGCACUACGUUGUACAUCUGCAGCUCCGUUGUACUUUAAAGAAAUGGCUAUUGGACAACGAGUCUUUGUAGAUGGAGCGGUUGUGGCCAAUAAUCCAUCGGUUGCAGCAGCAUUUGAAUCCAAACAAAUAUGGCCAGAUCAUGAAAAGUUUGUGUUUAUUUCUGUUGGAACAGGACUCAAGAAGUCUCAAGAAAAUACAAUCACCUCUGCACAACUGAAUGAUGAAGAAGAAUUGAAAUUUAAAACAGAGACUCCUGUUAUGAAAAAGAGUUCGUCUGGUCUUUUUGACAAUGUAAAAAAGACUCUUUCUUCCAUUACAGACCUUCUAAAUUUGCAACUUAGCUCUGAAAAACAGCACAAGCUUAUGCUUACUCAAGUUGAGCAAAUGAGGGAAACAAAACAAGUCUCCUAUUUCAGAUUUAACACUCCAAAUUUGGGAGAUUUUGAUUUGGAUAUUGUGGAUGACAGCAUUCUCAAAGAGUGGGAGCAACAAUGUAAAAAAUACAUUGCAGACUUGAAAGAAAUGGAUGACGCAUGUGAAGUAUUGAAACAAUAA